AUGUCUUCUUCAGAAGUAAACCUAGAAAAGUAUCGAAUUCCACUUGAGGAGAUCAUUCACGCAACAAACAACUUCAGUUUCGAUACUCUGAUUGGAGAUGGUGGAUUCGGUAUGGUCUACAAAGGCCAACUCUCUAAACACUCGCAAAACCACAUAGUAGCCAUCAAACGUCUUAAUCAAGAUGGUUAUCAAGGAAACAACGAGUUUCUUCAUGAACUCAAAAUGGUUUCAAGUUUCCAUCAUCCAAACAUCAUCUCUUUUAUCGGUUACUAUAAUGAUGCUAAUGAGAUGAUCUUAGUUUAUGAGUAUGCUGUAAACGGAAGCCUUGAUCAUCACCUCCAAAACCCUAAUAAGAGACGUUGCAUGACAUGGGCACAACGCAUGAAGAUUUGCUUAGGAGUAGCAAGAGGAAUCAAGUAUCUUCACUCGGAUUUGGUCCAAGAAACCAACCAGAUUCCGAAGUACUCCUUACAAAGGCUUCGGGUUUAUAAUGAAAGAGGUAGAUUGUGGAAAGAGUCUGAUGUGUAUUCGUUUGGAGUGGUAUUGUUUGAGAUGUCGAGUGGGAUGCUUGCUUAUGCAAAGUGCUUUGGAGAAACUAAGGAACAAUAUUUGAUGGAUUUAGUACGAAGUUAUUAUGAAGACGACCAAAAAGAUGAUGAACUAGAAAAGUUGAUUGAUCCCAUUCUAAAGGGUCAUGUUGAUAUGAGGUCUUUUCGUAUGUUUAAUGAAAUUGCUUAUGAGUGUGUUAACUUGAGUUUAAAGGAACGCCCUACUAUGGAGAGGAUCAUUCGGAAGAUUGAGCAAGCAAUGGAUCUUCAAAACAUCUAUGCAAUUUCUUCAAUUACCACAAGAAAGCUAGAAAGUUUUCGAAUUCCACUACACGAGAUCAACUUGGCAACCGACAACUUCAAAGCACAUACAUGUAUCCAAAGUGGUAAAUUUUAUGUAGUGUAUACUAAACUCUCUGAACAAUGGCAAAACCAACAAGUGGCCAUCAUCCGCAUGAACCAAGGAGAACAUGAAUACUUUCAUAAUGAGCUCCAUAUCAUUUUGAGUUUCCACCAUCAAAACAUCAUUCCCUUCAUUGGUUAUUGCGAUGAAGGCAAUGAAAUGAUUAUAGUUUAUGAAUACGCUACAAAUGGAAGCCUUAAUGAUCAUAUCAAAGACCCUAAUAAGAGGAGUUCCCUUACAUGGGCACAACGGUUGAAGAUAUGCAUAGGGGCAGCAAGAGGACUUGAGUACCUUCACUCGGGUCUUGGGGAGGACAACGAUGUUGUACAUGGAAAUUUCAAGAGUGAAAACGUAUUAUUAGAUAAAAAUUUUGAAGCCAAAAUUUGUGAUUUUCAUUUUUCAAUACAAGGCCCCAUAAAUAAGCCAAGUAUCCGACACAAUAAAAAACCUGUAGAUAUCGAACUCUACAUGAAUCCCAUAUUUGAAGAAAGCAUUUUCCAUAAAGAAGCGGAUGUGUACUCAUUGGGUAUGAUAUUGGUUGAAAUGUUUAGUGGAAGAUUGGUUAAUGAGCCUAGUAGCUUGGGAGAUGAUAAGCCACAAUAUUUAGGAGAUCUAUUCAUACGCAACUAUAGUGAACUCGAUAGAUUAAUUGAUCCCCUUAUAAGAGAUCAAAUUGAUAGCACUUGUUAUGAAGCUUUUACAGAAAUUGCAUACGAGUGCAUAAGCUUCUAUGGUUUUGGAGGAUGCCCUACGAUGGAGACAAUUAUCGAGAUGCUUGAGGCUGCAGCAGAUUUUCAAGGAAUUGAAGUGUAAAAGAAUGAAAGCCGAUGACUUGUAGCCGAUGUUAAUACUUAAUGAUGUUAAUGAAGGUUCAUGCUUUGUACAUGUGUUCCUUAUGUUUUCUAUAAGAAUAUAUUUCUUAUACAUAAUUGUUUACAUUUUGACUUAUGUUGCUGG